AUGAAUUUUGACAGACGGGUUUCCGUGGAAUUCUUAUGCAAUCUGUUGUUGGAUGAAAACCGACCAAUUUCAGAGCGAUUUAGAGCUUUCCGUCUGAGCACUGCCCGUAGCCAUCCCCUUGCCCUCAACUCCCUCAUCAAAGCAAUGAGGGAUGAAUCUACCCUGCUGGCAUAUGAGGCGGCAUAUAAUUUGGGUCAGAUGAAUAGACCUGUUGCUAUCCCCGCAUUAGAAGCUGUUGUAGAGGAUCUUUCCUUGCAUCCUAUUGUUCGCCUAAAGGCUGCAGAAUCUCUUGGUGCAUUUGGUUUAGAGACUAGUGUUCCAGUUUUGGAGAAUAGCUUCCAAUCGGAUCCAUCUCAAGAAGUUCGAGAUACAUGUCAACUGGCUCUUACUCGAAUUAGGGAACUAAAAAAUGCUACCCCCGAUAAAUUAAUAUAUUUCGAGGGGCGCGAACCAGCUCCACCUGUCUUUCGACCUAUUCCGGAAUUAAGGGAAGUUCUACUGAAUGAAGACAAUAGCCUAUAUGAGCGCUGCUCUGCACUCUUCGGACUCCGACUUCUUUGUAUAUCUCGAACCGGUGAUACCGAGGAUGCAUUUUCAGCUAUCAUUGAAUCCCUAGAUGCAGAAAGCCCUAUUCUACGGCACCAUAUUGCCUAUUGCUUGGUCCAAUUGGGGGACAAAAAAGCUUUUCAUGCUCUCUCCCAGGUUCUUCAGAAUGCCUCAGAACAUCCUAUGGUUAGAAUUAAAGCUGUUGAAGCUCUUAAUUCUAUUGCAGAUGUCGAAGGUCUUGGUUCGACUACAUACUGCGAAUGUAUCGAGCUGCUCAAGGAAUUUUCUAAGGAUCCUGAUCCUAUUGUCUCACAAAGCUGUGAAGUUGCUCUUAGGAGGCUUGAUUGUCUGGGAACAAACUCUUUCUUUGAGUUUAUAGUGGACAUCAGAGCAUGGGAUACAAAGGGAUCAGAGUAUGGGUUACAAAGGGAAUCAGCAAAGAAGACUAAUAAAGGAUGA